AGAAGCCUUGACCACUGUGCCACUGUCCGAGUUUCUGGGACCAUUCAUAUAGUGGUCACUCCGUCUGGUGUCAUCCCCCGGGUCAUCAGGCUGUAACAGUCUUGAAUUAGCCGGUUUGUCACCCUUCCCGCCAUGAGUGAUGUAUGAGAACAAGCAGACGACUUGUCAUCAUUGCGCUAGAAGCAGCUUCUGUUGUGUGUUACCUGCCAGAUGAACGGUGUACAGCCAGGCUCGGGCUGGUAGACCAGGGACAAUGUACACCUGGGGAGUGUUCCUCCUUCUCCCCAUCCUCCUGCUACACACACCCAGCGUCCAGGGGGACAAGCGAGAGUUCAGAAUUGCCUGGAUGGCACCAAAGAGGGAGUACAACAAGUUCAGUGCUGCCACUUCUGUGAAUGCUUUAAAGUUGGCCUUGUAUUCUAUUGGGCGAAAAUAUCUUACAGGACAUCCUAUACGGGUGAAAUGGUACGACAGUGACUGCAACUCCAAGGCCGCGCUCACCUCCGCCGUCGACGCCAAGAGCACGUUUGACCCACAUCUCUUCCUUGGACCCCCGUGUUCCAAAGGCAUGCGGCCCGUGGCUCAGCUGGCGUCCCACUGGAACAUCCCCGUCUUCGGCUGGGUCUCCAACGACCACGACCUCAGAGACAGGGACAUCUAUUCUACUCUCAUCAGACUUCUUGGACCCCUGAACCAGUUCUCCACGACGAUGCGUUACGUCUCCAGUAUGUUCAACUGGAAGCGUUUCGCCAUGAUCCACGACAAAGACGGGUCCUACAAGUCGGUGUAUGAAGCUCUGGCCAGUGACACCACCAACUUCUUCACGUCCACACACUCUGUGACCCCCAGCAUGGACGACGAAGAGGUCAAAGAAAUAUUCCUCCAGGUCAAGAAGUACGCCAGAAUCAUCAUCUUCGCCGUGCCGUGGUUGACGAUGAGGAAGUACAUCCUGGUAGCUCACCGACUGGGGCUCACGACGGGGGAGUUCGCCUUCAUCUGCAUCAACGGAGAUGUGUAUUCGGGCGAGACGCUCGAGGCAGAUGUUUUAUCAGACCGUGUGUGGCGACGAAACGAUUCCUUUGAUGAAGAGGCGAAGUUUGCAUUUGAGUCCGUGAUUCAUGUGAUUCUUGUUGGGCAGGAACAGCAGACUUACAAGAAGUUCAAAAACCACGUUCAGAAGAUGGAUGCAGUGACGAACGAGUUGUGGGAUAUUCCUCAAGGUUCUGACCAACUGGACGCCUACGCCCCCUUCUUGUAUGAUGCCACGGUGCUGUGGGCGAUCCUAGUCAACCGCUCCAUUGUGUUGGGAGGCGAUCCAAAAAAUGGCAGCCACAUGUUCUCUAUGGCACAGGGCGUACAGACGAUUGGUGUGACGGCUAAUUUGGUUCUUGACAACUUCUGUGACCGACUGGUCAACAUUUGGCUGCUUGACAUGCAGCAAGACGGCAAUUUCACCACCAUCACCGAGAUCUACAACACCCUCAACGGCGGAAUGGUGUUUUCGAAACUGGAGAAGACGAUCAGUGUGAGAUGGCCCGACGGGAAGGUGGGGCAGGAGAACGCGCCACCAGACAUACCCACCUGCGGCUUUGAAGGGGAGAAAUGCCGUAAAGAACCUGACUCCAGCGAACUCGGCUACGCUGACACCAUCACGGGGGCGGCGGCAGGGUCGUCAGUCGUCCUCAUCAUCGCCAUCGCCGUGCAGGUGUCACUCAGACGUUACCGACGUCGCCGACAGCUGGAGAGUAUGUUGUGGCAAGUGAAGUUUGAGGAGAUCGACUUCGUGACGGCCAUUCUCUGUGGCAGCGUCAGGUCCAGCUUCAAGAAUUUAGCCCGUCGGUGGAAUUCUAAAACCCCUAAGGGAGUGACGAAGGCACGCGAUGUUGUGAGUUGUGCUGAUUCCUACACAGACUCCCCACGGUCAUUUCACUGUAUGGAGACUGGCACCACCAUGUUUGGUUCCGUCGCCUACAUCAGAGGAAGUCUGGUGUCCGUCAAGAGAAUGUCCAAGAACAGUGUCAGCCUGACCAAGGAUGUUCUCCAGGAACUCAACCAGUUGAUGGAACUGAAGAAUCAGAACGUCUGUGCGUUUGUUGGCGCAUGCGUAGACCCAGGAAGGAUUUUGCUGCUGUGGGAAUAUUGUGCGAAAGGCAGCUUACAGGACAUCAUCUGGAACACCAACAUCAAGUUGGAUCAGCUCUUCAAGUUCGCCCUGUGUCAGGACGUCGCUAAGGGUCUGGAAUACAUCCAAAAAAGUCCUGUAAAUUACCAUGGCAACCUGAAAAGCUCCAACUGUGUUGUGGACAGUCGGUGGACAUGUAAACUCACGGACUUCGGUGUCCCUAAAAUCAGGUCGAUGGACAAGGCGUCGAUACCCUUCGAGGAGAACGCAGACAAGGACCUAUGGACCGCCCCUGAGAUCCUCCGAGCCGACAGGAAUGUGGAUUUUCAGAAGGCGGAUAUAUACGCCAUUGGUGUCAUCAUGAAGGAAGUGUUCACACGGUCCGGUCCGUACACCGAGUACCCCUUCUUCUGUUCCUCAGAAAUUGUCCGUCGAGUUCGUGACCUUCCGUCGCACAAUCGGUUCCGUCCGUCAGCAGCACGUGAGCUACGUCAACAUCCGGACCUGGCAGCCCUGAUCGAGGAUUGCUGGAGUGAGGACCCCAGUGCCCGUCCCUCCGCCCCGAGGGUGGUCAAGUCCCUCUCCAGAAUCAACCCAUCCAAGUAUACACAGACGAUGAUCGACAACAUGAUCGCCAUGUUGGAGAAGUACGCCAACCAUCUGGAGGAGCUUGUGGCGGAGAGGACGAGUGAGUUGGACGCGGAGAAGAGGAAGACGGAGAACCUGCUGUACCGGAUGCUACCACAGUCCGUGGCGGAGGACCUCAAGUUGGGUAAACCAGUGAAAGCGGAGAUGUUUGACCAGGCAACGAUAUACUUCUCCGAUAUAGUGGGCUUCACCAAGAUCUGUGGCGAGAGCACACCCAUUGAGGUCGUGAACUUCCUCAACUCUCUCUACACACUCUUUGAUGACAUCAUCACAAACUAUGACGUGUACAAGGUGGAGACAAUCGGAGACGCCUACAUGAUAGCUAGCGGUCUGCCGAUGAGGAACGGCGACAACCACAUCAAGGAGAUCGCCGACUGCGCCAUGGACAUCCUCGCCUCCACCGCCACUUUCACCAUACCUCAUCUACCAGACAGACCUCUCAAGAUACGUAUAGGAAUCCACACAGGGUCAGUGGUUGCCGGAGUUGUGGGUCUAGCGAUGCCUCGGUACUGUUUGUUUGGAGACACGGUCAACGUAGCUUCCAGAAUGGAGUCUACAGGAUUCCCCAUGAAGAUCCACCUGAGUUCUGCAGCCCACGACAAGCUGGUGUCCCGGUUUGCUGGUUACCACUUCUAUGACCGGGGCGAGAUCCCGGUGAAGGGUAAGGGCACCAUGAACACCUUCUUCCUGACUGGGAGGGACGGUUUCACCAAGGUCCUGCCCGAUGCUGACCAGGACGCUCCGGGGUCCCCAGAGGGAAGUGGAGGACACUGACCCCAUCAAGUGGUCAUCCCAUCCUUCUGCCCAGUCUGUCGGACUGUGGGACGCACACUAGAGAGGUCAGCCAUUCUGUUCUGGUUACCAUGCCCCUAGUCACCCCUGGGGAGCGGGUGAAAGACAUCCUGGAAAGUCCUUGUCAUGGCAGCUGUGCCUCUCUGUCUCACGUAACGCCAGAUCAUGACGUGUGUUCGGCAAAUCUUAUGUCAAGUAGAAAGUAUGUGAAAUCCAGUGUUCCACGUCGGAAAGAACCGAUACCUGAUGUCCAUGUCAAUGUGGUGACGUCCAGAUUCCACACAAUACCCCGGGCAGCCUCACAUGGGCUUCGAGGAGCAGAGCUGAAUCCUACAAACAGGAUGACGUCAGAGGGCCUUGGACCGUAUACCGUGGCCUCGCGAGUCAACAGUGUACCAACUUCAGGAUGUACGUCUCACGGCAACCACAGAACACUAGAAGCACAUAGGGGCACCUGAUGUGACCUCGCGGAUAAAUAUUGUGACUAACUCAGUACCGUCAACACUUUGUAACCCCACGGUGGACGAUGAUGGUUCUCAUGACGUCACGUCACAAGAAGACGGUGUUAUGGAACAAGGACGUUCUGCCCACUGCAACCAUAUGGCAACCGAAACACAAUCGCCGCAUCUGACCUCGCGAAGUAUCACAAGUACCAGACGUUCAUCUCAGAGUGACCCCUUGGGUUCAAGUUCUGUUGAGCCACUGCCUGUAAAUUCUCACACUGAUCAGUCAACAAAUUACGUCCACCCCAGCAGUGUCACAUCACAAACUGAACUUACAAACUUGUCAUUGUCCAGCAGCCGGACAGACCUAGCGUCCACACAUCGGGGACCAGGACAUCGGUCUCAUUCAGUAGUCGGUCAGGUGAACAUGGCGUUUGAAUCAGACGGGGAGAGAAAGUCAUCAGUGGGCUAUACCAUUAAAAGUGCUACAAUUCCACGCUGUUCCAGUAGAGCUAGACCGUUGUCCCCACACCUGACGUCACAGAUCGACGUGGACGUGUAUGAUAAGAAACUGAACCGAAGAGUGACCCGUGUUGUUGAGAUCACACCGUUAUGACCAGUGGUAACUGGUUGUUGAUGUGUGAGACAGUUGGCAGAGCUGCCCUUCCUAUUGAGGUACAGGGACAGAGCCUCUGACCUGAUGUUCUGGGAAAGUCCAAGUCAAUUAGUAAUCCACAUGCAUACAGUGGAUUGGGAAGAAACUCCAUCGUGGUCAAACACAUCUUGCGUAAAAGUGUUAGGGAUUGUUUGGAAACGAUUCCUGGAAGGAGUAUGAUCCUGCUUUGGGGGGAGUUUAAGGAUAUAACAUCUGACAAGUUUUCAAGCUGUUCUCGGAAAGUCAAGGAGCAGGCUCUGCACGUGAGUGCUUUUCGGAGCAGUGACUCACGCGCAUUUUUUGUCUGACUUGAUGAACUCCAAUUUGAAACAGAUGAUGAACAUCCACAAUGGACAAUUCAGAACUGAACAUUAUGUAACUUCCGGUGAAUUCAAAAUGUCCCUAGGCUGGACGUCUGGUGCUGCCGACCUAUUGUAGACCAAUUUGCCUGCACUCGGAGUAGGAUAAAUAAGCAAGCAACUUGUGGAGUAUCAUACAGAAGCCAGUGACCCAAGCCACUCGGCCCUGACACAUUUCUCCUUGUGUCUUCGAAUGUCCUACAUCCAGCCAGCUGUCUAUGUUGAAUAAACCGCUUCACAUCGCUGUUACAAUAUGUAUUUCUUCCGUUGGAUUAAAGGGGCCGUAGUG